AACUGAAGUAGAGCCUCUACUAUAGAGGUGAUGUUAUUUCGCCGGCAGCGUUAUUCACCCGAUAUUAAAUAGUAAAUCUAGCGGCAUUAUGAAGCUAGUAAGAUUUUUGAUGAAACUCAGUCACGAGACUGUAACGAUAGAAUUGAAAAAUGGGACUCAAGUUACUGGUACGAUUACAGGUGUUGAUGUGGCAAUGAACACACAUUUAAAAACAGUGAAAAUGACAAUAAAGAAUCGCGAUCCCAUACAGCUAGAAACUCUAAGUGUACGUGGAAAUAAUAUUAGAUACUACAUUCUACCCGAUUCUCUUCCUUUGGAAACCUUGCUGAUAGACGAUACACCAAAAGCUAAAGCUAAAAAGAAGGAAGCUGCAAGAGGUGCGGCACGUGGCAGAGGACGUGGUGCCAGGGGCGGGAGAGGUGGCAGAGGUGGUCGAGGUAGAGGGAGAGGCAGGCGAUAGUUUCAUUCAGUGUAUUUCAAACAAAUAUUCAAUACACAAACCUUUCUAUUUUUACAAGAUUAUCUCAUUAUUCUCUACUAAUUUUAUCAAGAUGUAUCGACAAGAAACUGUCAUUGAUAUAGCUGUUACACUAAAUUUUAAGAUGUAAUAUCUACAGAUUGAAAUUUACAGAUACAGACAUUCCGAUAUUUUAUUCUUAUAUUAUUCAGUUUCUUUAUAUACUCAAAAAAAGUUUAAAUAAAAUUUGUUUUUUUAAACAAUAAAGUUGAAUUUAUACUUGCUAUAAUUUUUUCAACACAUAAUUUAUUUCAAAUUUUUAAAUUUUCCAAAUUAGAUUAAUUGGGCAAACUGUAACAGUAAAUAACAGUAUUAAGUUUUCUUAAAAAAAGCAGAGUUACAAAUCAUGUUUAUGAAAUGGAAUUGUAUCCAAAAUCGUGCUAGUACAAAUUAAACUUAUUUUAUAUUAACAUCGUAAAAUGGCAUUGUAAUACAACUCGAUUAUAUUAGAAGACUAGGAAUUUUUCUGUAAUUUAAAUAUUGUGAGGAUCUUCUGAAUAAAAAAAUACUGAUAAAAGCA